GAAAAAACAACUGCCCGAUUUACAUUAUGAAAAAAAAGAGAAAGAAAAUUGAAGAUACAAUGUUUUUGCAUACAGUGGUAAUUUUGUUACCUUCAGUAGUAUAAAACAUACUACUGAUGUAUUUUCUUUUUUAUUUACAGACACAUAUACAGUGUUCAUGCUUGACCUGCUCUGUAUGGAUUCUCCUGUCUUUUAUCUCGGCUGAGACUCCAGACAACACAACAUUAAAUAUGAAUUUAACUUACACUGGUCAUCUGGGAAUGACAACUAUUAUAAACUGUAAAUACAACAAAACAAUUGAAAGACUAGCUUUAACAGUAUUUUUAAGGAGAGAACAGUUACUGUGCUCAUAUUUAAAUCAGCUGAAGUCCUGGAAGAAACAAUCAUGUAAAGAGAACAUUAAAUUGAUCUGGAUUCCAGAAACAGAAGAAAUAUCAUUUGAGCUGUUAAAUCUUCAGAUAAAUGAUACUGGUGUUUACACGUGUGCUGUGGAGAGACAUGCACCCCCUCCUGUAAUGUGUCUGGGAAUUCAGAGAACAUCGCUUCAUGUCAUCGCUCGUCCAGCAGUGUCUGUGUCGUGUGUGAGGGGACCUGAUGGAGCUACCACAAUUCUUUGCACUUUUAAAGGGUUUUAUCCUGCUGCUGUAGAGCAGGCCUGGAUCAGAGAUGACGAAUUUAUAACUUCCUUCAACCCUACACACACAUUCACACACACACAGAACUUGAACACUUCACACACAUUUACACACACACAGCACCUGAACACUUCUACUGUUCACUGGAACUUCAGCAUCAACCCAGAUGGAACUCACAGCCUCACCUCGUGUCUUCACCUGCUGACACUCACAGAUGAACAGGGGAUGUACAGCUGCUGGGUGAAUCACUCAUCCCUGAAACAGCCAAUCACCGUCAACAUAUCCUCCACUGAUUGCUCUGAAGAGAAGCAGCUGACAGGAGUAGGAGUAGCAGCUGAUAGGAGUAGGAGUUUUAGACAUGAAAUUAUUUAUUAUUAUAACUUUUUUCCCUGUUUUUCCCUGUUUAAUUCCUAA